CCCAACAUGAACAAUCCACAGUUGCUAGCCUGAAUUGAACCAUACGAAGGAAGUCAAACACAACACAACCACAACUAAAAUGGCUGCUUCUUCUGCUUCAUUUUCCGUCACCUUAACAGCAAAAACCCUAACAAUCACUUCUCACACCCCCCAUUUCCGAUUCAAACCCUCCCCUCUUCGCAUCUUCCUUCAAUCCACCCGCAAACCCAUCACCCUCCGCACCAACGCCUAUAUCCCAAUCCAAUGUCUCUUCACCGGUCUCGUCGAAGAAAUCGGCACCGUCAAAAAACUCGGCGAAUCUCCUAACGGCGGUUUCGACUUACAACUCAACGCUAAAACCGUCCUCGACGGCGUCAGCCUCGGUGACAGUAUCGCUGUCAACGGCACAUGCCUCACCGUAACAGAAUUCGACCAAAUCGCUUCUGAUUUCACCGUCGGUGUAGCCCCAGAAACUCUGAGAAAAACAUCUCUCCUCGAACUCGAACCCGGUUCACCGGUGAAUCUCGAAAGAGCGUUAACUCCGUUGAGUAGAAUGGGUGGACAUUUUGUUCAAGGUCACGUGGAUGGCACGGGGGAGAUUGUUUCGAUGAUUCCUGAAGGGGAUUCGUUGUGGGUGAAGAUUAGGGUUGAGAAGAAGGAGUUGUUGAAGUAUAUUGUUCCUAAAGGGUUUAUUGCUGUGGAUGGGACUAGUUUGACUGUGGUUGAUGUUUUUGACGAUGAAGGUUGUUUCAAUUUUAUGUUGGUUGCUUAUACUCAGAAUAAGAUUGUUGUUCCCAUGAAGAAGAUUGGUCAAAAGGUUAAUCUUGAAGUUGAUGUUCUUGGUAAGCAUGUUGAGAGGCUUCUUAGUAGUGGUUUUGUUCCCUCCAUUGCGCCGAAUUCUUUAUGGUCUUCAUCACAGGAGCAGUAGCUUAUUUGAUUUCUGUUUAUUUUUAUAAGCUCGAGUAUAGUUUACUAAGAAAAGCUUUUAGCUUAUACGAAAAUAGUUUGAUUUUAUUUUAUCUUCUGUUAUCAAAAUAAUUUAUAUAUAAGCAUUUACAUGAUAAGUGCUUAUACUAUAAGUGUUAAAUUAAAUUGUUUAUCCUAACAAAGAUUAUGUAUUGUUCUCCUUUUUUGAAAAGCAAAAUAUAAACAAAAAGGGUGGUUUUGUAUGUUUGUGUGUGAGGUUAAUUGUUUGUUAUACAAGAGUUGGUGGUAAAUAGUGAGUUUGCAUUUGGUGACUUUGUAGUGAAGCUUUAAAAAGGUGAGCUUGAUUACGCUGAUUGAGCUAUUAUAAACUAUAAUUGGAGGUUCUUAUUCUCAA